AUGGCAGGGGAUGAAUUGCAAGUGCUGAAUGCACUUGAUGUUGCUAAAGCACAAUGGUAUCAUUUCACAGCCAUUGUGAUUGCUGGGAUGGGGUUUUUCACGGACGCCUAUGAUCUCUUCUGCAUUUCUCUAGUCACCAAAUUACUGGGCCGGAUUUACUACCACGUGGACGGUGCGCCCAAGCCAGGGACGCUGCCGCCCAACGUCUCCGCCGCCGUCAACGGCGUCGCCCUCUGCGGGACUCUCGCCGGCCAGCUGUUUUUCGGGUGGUUAGGGGACAAGAUGGGGAGGAAGAAGGUUUACGGGAUCACGCUUAUGAUAAUGGUUAUUUGUUCUCUGGCCUCGGGGCUAUCCUGCGGCCAUACCCCGAAGGCCGUGAUGGCCACUCUCUGUUUCUUCCGCUUCUGGCUCGGCUUCGGCAUCGGCGGCGACUACCCGCUCUCCGCCACCAUCAUGUCGGAGUACGCAAACAAGAAGACGCGCGGCGCGUUCAUCGCCGCGGUUUUCGCAAUGCAGGGGUUCGGGAUUUUGGCCGGCGGGGUGGUCGCAAUCGUCUUCUCCGCCGCCUUCAAGUCCGCGUUUCCGGCGCCGACAUACCACGAAAACGCCUCUUUAUCAACCGUCCCGCAGGCGGAUUUCUUGUGGCGUAUAGUUCUCAUGUUCGGCGCGUUGCCGGCGGCGCUUACGUAUUACUCGCGCAUGAAGAUGCCGGAAACCGCCCGCUACACCGCCCUGGUCGCCAAGAACGCGAAACGCGCGGCUUCGGAUAUGUCUAAAGUGUUACAAGUGGAAAUAGAAGCGGAACCGGAGAAAAUCGGGAAUCCCGGGAACGAAUUUGGUCUUUUUUCCAUGGAAUUUCUCCGGCGCCAUGGAUUUCACUUGCUGGGAACAACAAGCACGUGGUUCUUGCUAGACAUUGCUUUCUACAGCCAAAAUCUGUUCCAGAAAGACAUUUUCAGCGCGAUUGGAUGGAUCCCACCUGCGCAAACAAUGAACGCGAUUGAAGAGGUUUACAGAAUUUCCAGGGCGCAAACAUUAAUCGCCCUCUGUAGUACCGUGCCAGGGUACUGGUUCACGGUGGCUCUAAUCGACAAAAUCGGGCGAUUCGCCAUCCAACUCAUGGGGUUCUUCUUCAUGACUGUUUUCAUGUUCGCCUUAGCCAUUCCCUACAAUCACUGGACUCAAAAAGAGCACAGAAUAGGUGGGUUUGUAGCCAUGUACUCUCUAACUUUCUUCUUCGCCAAUUUCGGCCCAAACGCCACAACUUUCAUCGUCCCUGCUGAGAUCUUCCCCGCCAGGCUGCGCUCCACCUGCCACGGCAUAUCCGCGGCCGCCGGCAAGGCCGGAGCGAUAGUCGGAGCAUUCGGAUUCUUGUACGGAGCUCAGUCCACGAACCCCAAGAAGACGGAGGCAGGGUACCCGCCCGGGAUCGGAGUGAAGAAUUCUCUCAUCGUGCUGGGUUGCAUCAACUUCUUGGGCAUGCUGUUCACACUACUGGUGCCGGAGUCCAAAGGAAAAUCGCUGGAAGAGUUGUCCAAGGAGAACCUGGGAGAAGAAAGAGAUUACGGCAAUGAAUGCUCACAAGGAGAGAAUGCCCCUACUCUAGAAGUUCCUUCUCUAUCUUCUUCCUGGAAAAGAGCUGAUGAUGAAACACUUUUCUGUGAGCACACAUGA